AUGCGUUCAUAUCCCUACUCUUCACAAUUCCCUUUGUCUGUCUUUCCCACGGAUGACGGGCCUGAAGAUGUCGGGCCCGACUUUUUGGAUCUUGGCCACGUUCUUCCAAUGCUACUCCCGGAGAUGGCAUCAAAAAAUGAAGGCACGAUAGGCUGGCGGUACCUGCCGCUGUAUGCGGUUGCCCUUCUUUCUCUUCCCGGCACUCCGCAGUGUCAGGCCUCGGAGGGAGAGUUGACGACAAUCCAGAGCACGACCACCACGACUUUGUCGUUGACACAGACGAUCACGGUACAGGCCACCACUCCGACCUCUGUCCAGAGUGAGAAGAUGCAGAACGGCGACAUAUACAUUCUUCAAGGGUGCUACGGACAGGAUGGGACGAGCAACAUUGGGACCAUACUGGGGUCCAAUUUCACGGCCCCAGACACCUCUACAAGAGAUGGUAUGUCACUGUCUAUGUGCCUGUUCCUUUGCCGAUUGCCGGCAUCAUCUGCUGUCAAGGCCAGAGAUGAGCAAAGCCUACCGCUAUACAUUGGUUUAUCGGACGGAAAAGCUUGUUAUUGCGGAGCCACCCUCGACUCGACCGCGAAAGAGGUCCAAGCCAAGAACUGCACUUUGCCAUGCACUGGAAACAAUACCAUAGCAUGCGGAGGCCACGGAUUCAUGUUGAUCUACAAGCUAUCAGACAAGUCGGAAUCCGCGAAGAAGCUCGCCGACGGGCCUUACGACGAUGGCGCAGGUGGCAAAGGGAAACCAGGCGUGACAGCAGGGAUUGCACUAGGGAGCAUUGCCGGGUUCGGAGUGCUUCUACUCCUCAUCUUCUAUGGCGCCAAGACGUACAAGAAAAGGAGACAACGACAAGCAAGCGGCAGUGACGAGCAAGAUGCGAUCGCGGGGGUUGGGGAGCACGCCGAUGAUGACACGGUGCCUACGAGCAACACGGCCAGCCGCGAAAACGCCAACCGAGUCGACCUGAGACGAUUCGAUCCUAUCGUGAUAGACUUUGCACCCAUCGACGGCGGCAGGCGUGCUUCGAACACCGGACGGCCGAAGGAGAUCAUCGCUGCCUCCACGGGUGCAGAUUGGAGGACGGGGAGCCCGCAGACACCGAGAGCCACCGGGGACGGGGCACCGAAGCUGCCAGCGAACGUGCCUGGGAACGAAGUCUGGGACGACAUCCCUGACACGCCCACGAUACUUGUGCAGCACCCCGAAAGCGUCGCGCAGAACUCCGGGCUGGGCGAGAGGGCGUGGCAUCGCCGGCGUCUUUCGACUCCACUCCCUCCAGCGGGUUACGACGGCGGCAGCAGUUCUACCGGAGGCGGAGGGCCGAGAGGAGGGUGGGAGCCACCAUCGCAAGGCACUGAGGGCAGGGGCAUGAAUAGGUCGGAGGACUCGUGGGACUCGCUCGUGCCUGCACCGCUGACUUUGCCGUCACUCAACCGCGAUACGGAUAGCACCUUGGUGCCGUCCGAGGAUGGAGGACCACCGAGUUCGAAGUUGACCAUGUGGACUGUGCCAUCUGAUCCCUCGCUAUCAGAGUCCCCGGGGAAUAGUUUAGGCAGGAGCGUAAAGACGGGCAAGACGGAAUAG